CGCACACCCCUGCUCGGGAAAAACUGAGAUAUAGGAAAAGAGAGAGAGGUCGAGACUGGAGGAACGCUGCGCUGUUGUUGUGGUCGGUCAGUCAGUCAGUCAGUCCAGGAGCGCUGCUCGGUGGAAAUGGAGGAGCUGAAGUGCACCAACUGAGCAGCGAGGAGAGACGAAUACAUGUGGACGCGCUUAUUCGGAGCUGAUCAGGAUUAAAAGGAGCCGGGGGCCGCAUGGGUCCGGUGGUCAUGCCUCCAGGUAAGAAGGCCGAGGGUCCCAGCAGUGGCAGUGUGGCGCGGGGUCUCAGUCCGCUCUACCAGGACACAGAUGCAGCCGAUCUUUCGCUGGCACUGUCGACCUCUCUCAGCCGGGCCGAGGAUGAGGAGCUCACCAGCCUCAGCUGGCUGCAUGAGAGCACUGACCUGCUGACCAGCCUGGGCCAGUCUGGCCUGCGCAGUGUCAGCCCUGUCCAGGAUGCCAACGGAGCCCACGAGCCCUCGCCCUCGUCUUCCCCGGAACCCAACGAGCCGCCCUACCACCUGUCUACAGGACCCAGCCGCAAACCACCAUACUCCUUCAGCUGCCUCAUAUUCAUGGCCAUUGAGGACGCCCCGUCGAAAAGACUGCCCGUAAAAGACAUCUACGGCUGGAUACUGGAACACUUCCCCUACUUCUCCAGUGCCCCGACUGGCUGGAAGAACUCAGUGCGACACAACCUGUCUCUCAAUAAAUGCUUCAAAAAGGUGGAUAAGGAUCGCAGUCAGAGCAUAGGAAAGGGUUCCCUCUGGUCUAUUGACCCUGACUACAGACACAAUCUGAUUCAGGCUCUGAAGAAGACUCCAUAUCAUCCAUAUUCCCCUCGGCUUCCAAAACCUUCUACCUCCCCAUCUGCCUCUCCUCAGCAAUACCACAGUCCUCCACUAUGGCCAGGAAGUCCACUCUACAGAAAAAAUGGAGGAGUGCUCUUACAAGUUCCACAGAGAGUGAUCCAGCACAGCUCACGCGUCACUGCUCAGGGGCUCUUUCCAGUUAUCAGACCCCUUCCAUUGAGUCCUGCGAGCAAGAGGACCACAGCCGUCAGAUCAGCCCUGGGUGACUUUCUGACACGGGCUAAAAGCAGUCUACACACGGACUCCCCUCCUCCAGCCAGCGACGAGCAUCAGGAGGAGCAGGACCACACGUACAGCAGCUCACAAGGGGACGCCGUCUCCUCCUCCUCUUCCUCCUGCUCCAUCACUCAGGGCUCCCUCACUGAGGUCAAGCUGGAGCAGAAAGACUUUCCUCUGGACGCCGCAUCUCCUCCCACUUCCCAGCCGCCCCAGGUCCGGCGACCGAUGUGGACCAAAGGAGACACGCUGCCCCUGAAGAAGAGGCGCGCCGAAAACAUCCUGGUCAAAGAAGAGGAGGAGGAAGAGGAGGAGGACGAGGAGAUGAAGGAGGCGGCAGGGUCUCUGCUCCACCUGGCCGGCGUCCGCACCGCCGUCAGCAAAAACGCUUUACUGCGCAGAGUUCAGAAGGAGCUGAAAGAGGAGCUGAAAGAGGAAGCCAGCGAUUAGCAAUGAGCAAAAACAUGCGGC